GCCUUAAGCUCGAAUAGGCAGGUUGGCUUCAUACGUUCGUGAUUACGCCGCUUGGUCGCCGCACCAACCACUUUAAAAACAACCACUAAACGGACCCGUUGAUUGAAUGAUUGGGAAUCAAAAACUUUCGACGGCUUCGUACAAGCAGACUUCUCAAUCACGUGAUCGAACUACCUUCGUCCAAAACUUUCCACUUGUACGGGGCGACUAGUAUGGCCAAAAUCACAGAACUGUCCAGCGACGACGACGCUCCUGAAGUCGUUUCGAAAUCGACGUCAAGGGCAAAUGCCAGACGCGACCAAAAGACGCUGCAAAAUUUUACGGCGGAGCAAAACGCACGAAAGAAAGCGCAGAAUCGCGAGAGGGACAGGAAAUUAAAGGAACAGGCGCAAAUUUCUACAAAAAAGAAAAUACGGCCUGCGACCAAAUUGCAGGAGACUGCGGAUGGUGAACCUAGUGAGAGCGAGGGGGAUGGCAGGUCGAGUCCCGUGGGUGGGAAUCGUGACGACGGACACGUCAGGGACAGGAUGCUUCGUGCAAUGCAGGAUGCUGCUGAAGAGGGCGAUUCCGAGGAUUCUGAUGAAGAACUCGAGGGAGGUAUUGGAGAACCCAUGUCGGGGGACUCCGAAGUAGAAGAUGACCCAGAUACAGCCAUGCAUCUAGAGGAGGAGAGCAGUGAUACGAGCAUCGCUGACCUGGAGGAAGACGAGGAGGAACCUAUUUUCGAAGAGAUGCGGUCUGAACGAUUGGAUAGAUCGAGCCGCCGACCUCGGGCUCAAGAGCCUCAGUACCUGUCCGAUGAGUUGUUCGCCGCCGCAUUCGCAUCACAAAAAUCGAAUCCAGUUUCCAUUGAGGCAGAGCGCUCAACCAAAAGCGAGCCUUCCUCCAGAAAUCGUCGACGAAAGCUGCCCGAAGGUCCUAAGGACAUUAUAUUGGGGGGUCGCACAUUUCGAACACUAACCAAAUUAUCGGAUCCAAAGAGUAAAGCUACUGUACGCACGCUGCCGUCCGCGCGUGUUCGGAAGUUUGCCGACAGUAAUCUGGCGCUCGGGGGAGGUAAGACUGCUAUGUUGAAGGCGAAAAAAAAGGGAUGGGAGAGACGACCUGCCAAUGUCGGUGCGAUGAAGCCAGAUGGAGCACCAACAGCCUUUUGCAGAGGUGCUGCUUAAUGCACGCGGACGUGUCGACAUUCUCUCAUGUUUUCGAGGUAAUCAUGACAGAGAGCCAUUCUUAACGAAUCAUGUAUGUUAUCAUGGGGCGGCAGCUGGAUGUACUCAAUACAAAUACACGGAUGAUGUGAGCGACAUCAAUGAUGGUAUGUUUCCACUGGUCGUAUAAUUACAGAAUACAGGUGACCUCUUGAUCUGGA